AUGUCCGGAAAGUACCUCCACCAGAAGGAAGGUCAGCGGCCCGAACCGCCGCUUCAGCCCAAUCCACCGUCCACUGCCCGGGGACUGGCGGGGCCAGUGCGGUGCAAUGGCGGUGCGGUGAUGGCGAAUGGCGGCGCGGAAGCGGGCGCGAAGCCGGGAGCGGAGGCGAGCGCGGAAGCGGGGGCGGGCGAGAACGCAGGGCGAGGCGCGGAUCUCGAGCGCGCCUAUGUUCACGACGUGUACGAACAAGCGGGCGAGGACGACGCGCCCUCAUCACCCGCGCCCGCUGUACGCUCCUUCCUUAGCGACCUCGAGCCCGGCAGCCUGGUCUGCGAUGUUGGAUGCGGUAAUGGGAAGUAUUUAAGCGUGAAUCCGUCCGUGUUCGCGGUGGGAGGAGACCGCUGCACGCGAUUAGCCACGCAAGCGCACCACCACAAUAAUGAGGUGGUUGUAUGUGACAACAUGAGCUUGCCAUUCCGCGAUGAAUCCUUUGACGCAGUUCUAUCGAUUGCGGUAGUUCACCAUUUUGCGACGGUCGAACGCCGUGCGAUGGCUCUGCGAGAACUCGCUAGGAUAACAAGAAUAGGUGGUCGAUUACUAUUAACUGUUUGGGCGAUGGAACAUGAAGGAAGAAACUUUCAUUCACAGGAUGUUUUAAUACCAUGGCAUCGCCCUGCAACGUUAUGUCCACCACCUCCUGCGCCACGAUUUCUUUCAGUUGAAUAUGAACAUUAUUCAGAACCAUGGAAGAGUCGUGACGGUUCUCCAGGAUCAUCAUCGCUUUCGUCACCAAAUGAAACAUGUUAUUCAUUUGUAAGACGAGCGCUCCAGAGGCUGGCUGGACGUCGCUCUUUUCUACCUUCUUGGACUAUUAGUAAUAGAACGACACAGAGACAGUGCACACGUCCUGAACCUCCAGCAGCGGAUUUACCGAUAGAGUUGAGGCGAUUAGAUGAAGUUUUACCACCAAGACUUGUAUCACAACCAUCUGAGUCAUCAACAAUGAAGUCACGUAGCUUAACAGACAUAGCUGAUAUAGAAAGGCGUUCACUAGUAAGAUCGAGAUCCAGUUUACCAAGUUUAGGUGGUGAAGAAUGUGAACCAGUCAUAAUAGAUCAAGCAGAUCAACCAGCCACCGAACAACGUAAAAAACCUCGAUUAGUUAAACAAAAGAAAUCGAUAAACGAAGACGACGCUGAAGAAGACCUUGAUAAACAUACAGACAUGAAGAGUAUGGUUGAGGAAAUGCCUAAUUUCAAAAUUCAUACACAAAAGUUACAUUCGAAAAAACCUGGCGUUAUCAAACAGACUUCUUUAAAUGAGGAGCUGAUGUCUGUGGAACGAUUACGAGAAAAGGAGCACCUCAGAAAAAAUAUACAAAAACAAGCGUCUUUAAAUGAAGAAUACUUAUUCCACAGACCGGGAGCUCUAGAUUCAAUCCGUGAUUCGAUUUUCUCUACAUCAGCAACGACUGCAAAAAAAUUUCAAUCAUUAAAAAAUGGCCUUACUAAUAAAUUCAAAACCUCUACAACGAAUAUUGAUAAAGUAACCGUGUUCGUGAGAAUGCUUCAAGGUUGGAAGAGUCACGGACCAGUGCCAGAAGUUCCUACACCGAGUGACAAUAAUCCAACAAAUGAGAAAAAUUAUCCUGAAAGAAGACAUUCUCGAGAAGAUGGUUCAGACUCAUCUAAGGACAGUAGUCUCCAAAGUGACACAAGUGUAGAUUCAGAAGAUAGCUUUGCUUCAGUUAUAUACGUACCUAAAGCUGAUGGUUCCGGGGAUCCUUUAUCUCCAACUCCAUUGUCUCCAGGACCUACUUCUCCACGACUUAAGGUAUCAUCAGUUCCAACAUCACCAAGAUUAAAAAAUUCACCAGGUUUACCAUCUCCUAGAAUUAAACAAGUAUUUCCAUUAAUACGGCCACCUUCAUCACCAAAUACAGUUCAAACGCCUGGCGCAGUGCAUAAUAAAAUUUUGGUAGCACAAUACAGUUUGAAAAACUAUUCAACUUCAAACAGUACGACUGUAUUUCCUUUAAAGCCACAAUCUAAGAGCCAACCCAAUUCGCCUCCAAAAUCAGAACCAGAUGAUAAUAUCUUAAAACAGGAAAUACAAACUGUUGUACAAAAAAUUACACCCAUUGAGAUAUUUGAAGAAAUCGACCCGAUCCCGCCAAUAAAAGAAGAAGAAGAAACGCCAACUGAAGUGACAAAAGAAUUAAUUGACGAAAUUAACAAAGACAUUGAAGAAAUACACAAGCUAACCGCAGAAACUAAUGAUAUUAAACCUCAAGUACUUUUACAAGAUGUAAAACCAUAUCCAAAGAUCACCUUGCAAACGGUUGCAGAACUUCCAGAAAUACCACAAUUUAAACCUAAAACCUCAAACAAAUCGCCAACAAAUGAUAGUUUAGACUCAAGAGCAGCUGAAAAAAAAAGAAAAGAAAGAAUACGACAAAUUAAGGAAAUGUUAAAUAAAGGUAUUCCGGGUGUAAAUAUGAGUAGACGACCGCCAUUCCCAAUAGUACGUAGUACAAGUAAAGCAGAACCGAUUGCUAAGAGUCACCCUAAACUUAUGUCACUAGAGCUGUUUAAUCCAGCAACUGAUGAUAUGGAUAGUGACUCAAGUGGUGUUUCCUCACCAGACUCUGUUGACAGCGUUAUUAGCGUUAUUCCAGACGAACUUCGAAAAACUGCGUUAGAAAAAGAUUUGAAAGAUCCGCCAACAUUAGAAGUUAUAAAAAGUGAAGACGUUAAUACAUCUGAUAAAUCACCAUCAGUAUCCAGUACAUCUCAAAGCCUAAUAGAAGCUGUAGCUGAAGUUGCUCACUCGUUAGAUGAAACAUGUGAAACUGUAAUUCAGUCAAGUCCAAGAUCUAAGCGGAAACAUUUAGAAACAAUUGAGAGUGCUGAAGCUAUAGCAAUUGUUCAAGGUGCUUCCAGUAGUAGUAGCAGCAGUAAUUGGAGUUUAAAUAAAUUAUCUCCGGGUGAUUUAAGGUUACUUGAAGAGAAAUCAAGGUCUCAAUCUCACACAAGCUCUAGUGGCAGUUCGUCUAGCUUAGAGCGUCUAUCUCCAGGUCGAAGGUCUAAAGAUCGUUCACCAAAGCAAGGUAGUACUAGCAACUCUACAUGGAGUUUAAAUAGGCUUUCUCCAAAUCGCCCAGAAGGACGAUCAUUAGACGAAAAUUUUAGUAAGACUCACAGAAGUCCUACUAGAUUACCAUAUGAUUCAUUAUCAAUAUCUAGCACGGAUUCAGAAAAAUCAAUUUCUAAAUCAGAAAGCUUUAACAGGAUACAAAACGAACCAUUGAUAACGUGUAAAUCGGAUAUGCUAGCUAAAGAAGACGAUUGGGUAACGGACCAACAAGAUCGAAAUCAACAUUUAACAGAAUUUGCUGAAAAGUUAAGUGAAAAACUGUUGCAAGAAAUCGACCAAUAUUCAAAACGCAUCAACGAAGAAGACUUUGAUCUUCCAAGUAGUAGCAGUAGUGAAAAAAGUAUAUCCCUUAGGUUAAAACGGGAAGAAGAAGAUAGAAACACUCAAAAAAUGCUAGAUGAAUUAUCUGAUAGUUUGAGUCACCUUGAACAUCCAAACAACAAAUUAAAUAAUGAAUACCAAGGACCAGGCAAGAUAAUAGGAGAAAACUUUAGAUAUAUUAAUCCAAUACACGAUACCCAAGAAUCUGAUAUUAAUAAACUGUUUCCAAAAUGUAGUACCAAGACGAAAAGCAAAAAGAGGUCAAAAGAUGUAGAUCCAAUAAUAAAUAAAUACAGAGAACUCAAAAAGUCUAUGAAAGUAAUGAGUGAGGAGGAUAUUUAUCUGAACAAUUGUGCCAACAUUCAGUACAAUGUUAAACCAAUUACGGAUGAAAAAACUCCAGAUAUCGAUACCAAAAACCCAGAUGACGAUAGUGCCAUUUCAUCUAGCAAUGGUAAUCCUGAAAUAACUAUCGAAUCUGGUACCUACGACACAAGUCAAUCACUAGAAACUGGUUAUUCUUUGGAAUCAGAAAUAAGUGUUGACUCACUAUGCACGAGCACAGACAAGCGAUCAUCAUUAAAGGUCGGACAAUCUACAGAUUCAAGUGAUUUAGAUAAAAUGGAAAUAAGUCCUGAAUCAAUAACAUCGAGGUCGAGCACUAGUACUGCGCCUUUGAAAUCAGGAUUCUCUAUCGAAUCAAGUGAUACAUCGGCAGGCAGUGACUGGAGUCGUCGUGACAAAACUGGAAGUACUGCAUCGCUAGGAUGUUCAAGUUUAGCAUCCUUACCAUCAUGCAGUGACUAUUCCAAAGACAAAAAGUUCUUAGAAACUCGUUCCUCGUCCGAAGAGACUGCUACUGGUCCAGUGACGUCCUCUCGUCCCAUGCCUCACGCUCCUCUAUUGCCUUCAUUGAGUGACGGUUCAGACAGUUUGCCAUCUGAAGGAGGCGCUGUUACAUACCACAGAUAUUACCACGUUUUUAAGAAAGGUGAAUUGGAUCAGUUAAUUGAAAAAUAUGUGGAAAGUCUUCAUGUCGUAUCGUCGUACUACGAUCAGGCGAGUUGGUGUGUUAUCGCGGAGAAAGUUCAAGUGUGGACUAUUUAA